AUGUCCCAGACUCGGUCACGGUUUCUAGUCGCUGUUCGUAUUACUGAGAACCGUGUAAUCCUCUUAUCGACUUCACACAAAGAAGUACCUACUACUUCUUUGGUUACCAAUCUUCCAAUGCCAAUAUGCGGUUGCCGGCAGAACUCUAUUCGUUAUACUUCUUUGCAUACCUAUCUCGAAAUGACACUGUCCGGUUUCCCUGUGGACCUUGUUCAUUGCUCUUCCAUCCAUGGAUUGUUCGGUUUGUCACAUCCUUCAGAUCCAGGUCGGUUCACGAUAUGUAACCCUAGCACUAGACAAGUCAUAACAUUGCCGGAUAUCAAAGCUUCUAGUGGUAGAAGAGAGCACGUAUAUAUGUUCAUGGGAUAUGAUCCUGUUGGUAAUGUAUACAAAGCAUUGUGUAGCACGUCUUGGCAUGGCCAACCUUGUCAAGAGCACAUGGUUUUAACAAUUGGAGGAGGAAAUCUUUCAUGGAGAAGCAUCAAAGGUAGAAAAAUCCCGCGUUAUACAGUUGUAACAAAUGGAAUAUGCAUCAGUGGGAUGGUGUAUUACGGUGUGUCGACUACCCUAAGACAAGAGAAGAGAUUCUUUAUUUUUCGUUUUAACGUUAGAAGUGAGUGCAUAGGUUCUAUCAACAUAUAUUGGCCAGUCAUAAAACAUGGAUCAUUGAUCAACUUCAAUGGGAGGGUUGCCGGGGUUAGGCCCUUACCACGUGCUCCUCCCGGUAGUUUUGAUUUGUGGAUUCUAGAUGACUUUGACAAAAAACGCCACUGGUAUAGGAAAGGACUAACUGUCCACCCUUUGUUGUUGCAUUUGUCCGGGAAUAUUGAGUUAAAAAUCUUAGGGGUGAACAAAAGCUACGAGGUCGUUAUAGGUCCGCUAAAGUUUCCUCCCAAGCAUGAGCCAUUGUACCAGGCCCGACCCACCCCUAAAGCAGCCAAAACAUCAGCUUUAGGCCACAUAAUAUAUGCAAAUAAUUUUGGCUAA